AUGUUGUGUUCUGAAACUAUUGAUUUGUCUGAUGUUCCUUCCUCUGUGUGGGCUUCAUCUAAGCUAGAUGUAGGAUUUGUCAACUGCACCCCUUACAAAGCCAAACUAAAACCAGAUGUAACUCCUAUCUACCUUAAACAGUACCCCCUGUCAGAAGCCAAGGCUGAGGGAGUUCGCCCCAUGAUCCAAUCUUUUCUAGAGCAGGGAAUACUAAAGCCAUUAGUUUCCCCAUAUAACACACCUAUUAAUCCAGUUCCUAAAGGUAAUGGUUAGCACUUAGUUCAGGACUUUAGAGCCCUGAAUAGUUUAAUUGUGCCCAUUGCACCCAUUGUCCCUGAUGUGACAUCCCUCAUUACAGCCAUUCCACAUGAUGCCACUUGCUUCACUGUCAUUGAUUUAAGUAAUGCAUUUUUUGUGGAUUCCCCAGCCAUUUUUUCUAUACCUAUUGAUCAAGAGACACAGCUACAUAUGGCUUUUACUUUUGAAGGCUGUCAGUAUACCUGGACAUGCUUACCCCAAGGCUAUGUGGAUUCCCCAGCCGUUUAUUCGCUGGUACUCCAACAUACUCUAAAAACAUGGACCCCCGGUCAUGGUUCCGUCCUUUUGCAAUAUGUUGAUUGUGACGAGAGCAAUCUCGCCACAUUGCAUUGGAGAAGCCUGGUUGCCCGCCUGCUGCCUUUAGACUAUGGCCCCAUGUUGAAACGCUUGAUUUUCCCCUGCAGAGACACGAAAGCCGGGUCAUUCCCUGUUUGAGCGGUGAUACCCCAGAUAGCUAUGCCAUGGAGCCCAUUCGUAUAAUGAAAGACUAUGGGAAAGACUUUGGCUCCAUGGCAAUUGAACUGUAUGUGUGUGCUCUGAGCGCCAUUCAGUAAUAAUGUGCGCUCAGAUCUGAGCUAUCUGGGGAUAUGUUGAAUGUACCUGUUUUGUGCAAUGGCUGCACAGUUAUAUUUUUUUAUGUGUUUUAUUGUCUUUUGCUGCCAUGUGUUCAAUGGAGUUUUGCCUCUGUCCUUUGAGAUAAUUGGAUUACUUCCCAAUUAUCACCAGGAUAGAAGACUCUGUGGAACUGGUUUUGGGCAGAAAAGCCAUGCUUCCUUUGGUCACAAAGGACUACGAUCUAUCUUUUGAACCACUGGACCAAUUUGGAUGAUUUUGAUAUAUGUUUGUAUUUGGAGUAUGCUGAUUCUGAGAAUGUAGUUUUAUGUGAAUGUGAUGCAUACUUUUCAAGUUAUGAAUAAUGUGGAAACAUUUUUAUUUCUCUGCUUGUGCUAAUUACAUUACCCAUUGUGUAAGGUAAUUGUAUCACCGGCAGAGGGGAGGAUUUUGUGUGGGAGUGUCUGAGUGUAUUGUAUGUGUUCCAAAACCCUGUGUGUGGUACUAAUGUGUAAGAAUGUGUACAUAAGAACAAUAAACCCACAGCUCUGUCUGUUCACUGCUUGACCCUCAACACGGAGCUUUGUCUCGUUCUUGGGGGGAUUUAUUGUACGCUGUUCCAGUUUGACUGCUAGGAGUGUAAACCUAUUCGCAUGGUUUUUCCUAUUCGGCUGUUUACAGCAUUUGUAUGGUUUCCUGUUCGGCGGAUUGGUGUUCUGCAGUAGCUGUGUCUGUGUCUCUGGAAGGGAAGAUCUACUAAACGGCGGUUUAACCCUUUUAUGCUGAGGGUGCCGUUACAUUGAUGAUUUGUUGUUAUGUAGCCCUAGCUAUGAGGCAAGCACUGUGGAUACUGUCAGUUUGUUCAAAUACUUAGCAACUGUGGGUCACAAGGUUGCAAAACACAAAAUGCAAUUGUGUAAAUCAAAGCUUGAUUACUUAGGUUUUGUUCUGGCUUCAGGCACCAGACAAUUGAGUCCAAAACGUAUUGAGAUCAUUCAUAGGAUUCCUAAACUCACUACUCGGAAGGAGUUGCCCACCUUCCUCGGCAUGAUUAAUUACUGCCGCCAACGGAUCCCUGAAUUCUCCCAUUAUGACUCAAUCCUAAGGGAGGCUGUACGUUCUGACAGCCAUGAAAAUGUCUUCUGGUCACCAGACAUGCUAGCUGCGUAUAAUGCCCUCAAAGUUGCUAUUGUGCAAGCCCUAGCUUUAGGACUACCUGUGUAUUGUAAACCAUUUCAUUUGUAUGCUCGGGACAACUGUAAAACCAUGGCCGCGGUCUGUGCACAAGAGCACGGAGGCGGUAUGCGUCCCAUAGCAUUCUUUUCCAAAGUAGUUCCAGCUCCGGUACAGGGUAUGCCGGCGUGUCUCAGAGCAGUGGCAGCAUGGGAUUACAGCAGAACCAUUGGGUAGGGCACACUAGGCCAUCCUACAAUACUCCAUACCAGUCACCAGGUCACUCAGCUUAUAAAAAAAUCUCACCACACAACACAUGACAGCUCAGCGCUUAAGUGGUUAUGAGAUUCUUCUUCUUAAUACACAGAAUCUGUCUAUUGUCUAUAGUCCUGUUAAUUCUGGUCCUAUGUCUGUUUUGCAUGCUAUUCUCACUUCUGCAUCUGACUCUGUGUCUAUACCAUCUGAGCCUCAUAAUUGCAUUGAACAAAUACAUAUUGCCACAUCUCCCAGAGCAGACCUCUCCUCCACAGCAUUCAGUGGCCCGAGUAUGACCACUGUCUUUGUGGAUGACUCUUGUUCCAGACCAAAUGACGGUACGUACCUCACAGGCUAUGCCGUGGUACAGCUACCUGAUAAAAUCAUUGAAGCUAACACUAUUUUCCAGCCAUCUGCACAAGCUGCAGAACUCAUUGCUCUCACACGUGCCUGUCAGCUUUUCUCAGGACAGCGACUGAACAUUUACACAGACUCACGAUAUGCUCAUGGGGUAGUGCAUGAUUUUGGUGUGAUUUGGAAACAAAGAGGCUUUGUAGGAGUUGAUGGAAAAGCCAUUUCACACACAAAUCUCAUCCAAUCACUCCUAGAUGCUAUCCUACUCCCAUCAGAAGUAGCUGUUAUCCAAAGCACACACUCUGGGUAG